ACGUCAGGACCCCUCUCUGUGGGGUGCGGAAGCAUUUGCAGCCUUGCUGGGCACCCAGUCUGCUGGUUUGGAUUUGCUGCACCAGAGUCAAGGAAUCGGAAGUCCUGCUUGAUCAGCCUAUAGGUGAUGUCAUCCUCAGGAGACCUCAGCGAUGCAGUUCCCACCCCCUCCUGCUCUGUGGCCCCCAAUCCAGGCAGCAGAAUCAGCUUCCCAGAAAUUAUCCGGAAGAAACGGGAUGGCAAAAAGCUGGAGGAGCAGGAAAUCUGCUACUUUGUCCAGGCUGUGACCAAGCAGACCUUGCAGGAGGGGCAGAUUGGAGCAAUGCUGAUGGCCAUCCGACUGCAGGGCAUGGACCCGGAGGAGAUUCUGGUGCUUACGCGGGAGAUGGCCACUUCUGGAAAGGUCUUGGAGUGGCCAGAGGAAUGGCAUGGACUCCUGGUGGACAAGCACUCCACCGGUGGGGUGGGCGACAAAGUCAGCCUGCCUCUGGCCCCAGCCUUGGCUGCGUGCGGCUGUAAGGUGCCCAUGAUCAGCGGCCGGGGCCUGGGCCACACUGGCGGCACUUUGGACAAGCUCGAGUCUGUGCCUGGCUUCCGCGUCUCCCAGAGCCCUGAACAGAUGAAGCAGAUCUUGGAGAAGGUGGGCUGCUGCAUCGUGGAGCAGAGCAAAGAACUGGUCCCAGCGGACAAGGCCCUCUAUGCCCUCAGAGACAUAACAGCCACCGUGGACAGCAUGCCCCUCAUCACAGGCUCCAUCUUGUGCAAGAAGGCUGCGGAGAACAUCUCUGCCCUAGUGCUAGAUGUGAAGUUUGGCAGUGCGGCCCUCUACCCCACUCUGGAGAGUGCCCGGCAGUUGGCACACAGCUUGGUGUCAGUUGGGACGCAGCUGGGGAUAAGCACAGUGGCGGUGCUCAGCAUGAUGGACAGGCCCCUGGGGCACAGAGUGGGUCACUCCCUGGAGGUGCUUGAAUCCCUGGAGUGCCUGGAAGGACGAGGUCCUGAGGAGCUCCGCGAGCUGGUGACUACACUUGGAGGCACCUUGCUAUGGCAAUGUGGGAGAGCCAGCUCAGUGUCCCAGGGCACUGCCCGUAUAGCCCAAGCUCUGGACGACGGCUCAGCCCUGCGGACCUUCCAGAGCAUGUUGCAGGCCCAAGGAGUGGAGGUAGACGUGGCCCGGGCCCUCUGUGCUGGGGGCGAGGAGGAGCGCUUCCAAGUGCUGAAGCGGGCCUCGUUGCAAGAGGAGCUGGUGGCCCAGUGCAAUGGAACAGUUCGGCAGAUCUUCGCCCUGCCGAUUGCCCAGGUACUGCAUGGGCUGGGAGCUGGACGCACCCACCAGGGGCAACCCAUCAAUCACCGUGUGGGUGCUGAGCUGCUGGUCUCUGUUGGGCAGAGAGUGAGGAAAGGAUCUCCAUGGAUCCGGAUCCACUAUGACAGGCCCAAGUUGAGUGACGCUGACCGAUGCAAGCUGCAGGGAGCCCUGCUGCUGGACACCUCGGAACCCUUUGCUCCCAGUUUAUGGGUGGUGGAGACUAUUCUCCCAGAAAAGCAGCCUGGAGAGAGGAGGCUGAUGGGAAAAUGUGGCAAGAAACCUGCAGAAGGGCAGCAAAACUUGGAGAACAUCUAGAAAAUGGGUAUAAUUAUCUAGAUAUUCUCCAAGAUAUCCUCUAUGGAGAAUAUCUAUAUAAUCACAUGUCUUUACAAAACCAGGAAGAAUUAAGGAGGUCAUAACUGUGGGGCAACUGAUCAUGCAAUGUUUUGCCAAUUUCUAAAAAGAUAAGAGAGAAAGGGCCUAAAAUGGUGAAA